AUGUGGAAGCGCGCGAAGAAGGAGAAAAAGGAGAAGGAGGACCUCGACUACAAGUGCCGAUGGCCUACCCAACAAACACUCGUCGAAUCUCAAGAGACGGAAGUGCUGAGGUCGAAACGGAUCAGAGCGCUCGAGGCGGUCUCAACGCCCCUACUGUGGUUGAACUUGAAGCUGGAACAGUGGCAAGAGGAUAUCGAUCACCGCAUGCAGGAGCUCGAGGCAGCCAAACGGAAACGCGCAAGUGAUUCGAGAAUCUUGGCGGGCCCCAAGGCCCCGGGACCUUUGUCCAGGAAAGUGUCUAGACCGGGGAAGAGCACGCAUCCAUACGACACGGGCGUUGGUACCCCGACCGAAACUGCGUCUGAAGGCCACGUUGAACCACGAGAACAACCAAACGAGAGACCGGCAACGACGGGACCACGGCAAACACCGUGGGGUGUUGACAGAUACAGUAAGACACCCAGGCCAGAUUCGAGGACUGGGCCGAAGGUCAAGGCUAGAGAAGUUUCUCAGCGCGGUGAGAGAAUUCAGCUCGGUGGUGAGCAUCGGCCAGGAACGCAACUUACUGCUUCCAGCACCCCGAGUCCGGCCCAAUUCUCUGUGGGAAGGGAAGGAUAUGCAGCGUCCCACAAGAGAUGGUGGUGGCCAUUCCAAGGAAAGCGAGAUACCAAAGAGGGGGCUGCCGAAAGCGAUCCGGACUCGACAGAACAGUCCGCCAUGGAGGGAGAGGAUGACGAGUUGACAGCCCUGGUCAAGCCAAGCCAUGCUUGGAAGAGUGUAAAGGGUCGCCGUGGGACCGGAUACCCGAGCGGAGUACCAACGGUUGCCCGGGUCCGAGCGAAUUCGGGAGGAAGUACUCGGAAGAAAGCACAGAGGCAUGCGGCCCAGAUGCGGUUCGAGAAUCAAACAGGCCAUUCAAGGGUGAGACUAAAGGCAGACAUGAGCACCCAGGCGCGGAACGCAAUGGGUAUUCGUACGUCCCGAGCGCCUAGCAGACGCAACCAUGAGGUCCAGGGGUUAAACGCCAGGGCUCGACGAAAGGAGAGCCUGUCUCCGACGCAGCCGCGCUCGGGCAUUGGUUCCAACCGAGACGGCGCACAGUUCACCAAGGAGCCGGGCCGGACGGAGGCAACAACGCGCAACGCCUCCCCGAAGACACCGAAUCAGAUCUUCCGGCUACUAGCAGGCUCCAAGCGGACGCCGCCGCCGCGAUCAGUCAGCCCAUUGGACAUUGACAACUAUGCCAUGACGGGAGCGAUGCCGACGCCACCACCCGGGCCUAAGCGGCCGAGUCCCGAGAGCGGUACAUCCGGUGGGCGGUCGACGGAGUCAAGAAAUAGGGGAUGGAUGCCUUUCUGGGGUUCGCCCAAGGUUGAAGCGACACCGGCUCCGGCUCCGGAUCCAGCUCGGAGCCGGUCGGCAAACCAGAAGCGGUCCCCCCAGCUGGACAAGAGAUCGAGAAAGGAAUUGAGGACGGGCUAA